AUGGCGGACACAAAGGUGGUUAUCCCCGGCGAUGUCAUCGACACAACGAUACACAUGGAGACCGGCGACGGUGACGACUCGGUCGUGCGCCUGGGUCCGGGGCUGACGCAAAUCAACGACUCGGUCACCUCGAUCUCGGCCGGCGUCCUCCACAGCAACCCCGAGACGCACCAGCACUGGGUCGUCAGCAACAAGCGGCGAUAUGUGCCGGCUGAAGGCGAGCCUGUUGUUGGUGUGGUCACGGCCCGGCACGGCGAAGGCUACCGGGUGGACAUUGGAUCGGCGCACGACGCGCUUCUCCCGCUUUUGGCGUUUGAGGGCGCGACCAAGCGCAACAAGCCGAACCUGGCCGUCGGAACGGUUGUCUAUGGUCGCGUAGUGGUGGCGAACCCGGUGAUGGACCCGGAGAUUGAGUGCUACAACUCGAACACGGGCAAGGCCGAGGGGUAUGGCGAGCUGAGCAGCGGCUUUGUGUUCCAGUGUUCGCUGGGGCUGGCGAGGCGGCUGAUGGAUGCGCAGGCGCCUGUGCUCAAUGCGCUGGGCGACGAGGUGCCGUUUGAGGCAGCGGUGGGGUUGAAUGGAAGGGUGUGGGUGCAUGCGGAGACGCCGGCGGCCACGAUCCUGGUAACCAAUGCGAUCCGGAAUUCAGAGUUUUUGGAUGCCAGGCAGACAAAGCAGAUGGUCAAGGAGCUGCUGGCACGGCAGUGA